AUGAAACAGCAGUUAGAAAUCGACAGCUUCGGACUAUCAACCAGAUCUCUUGAAACUGUUUUCUUAAAGAUCGGUGAAAUGGAUGAAGGCAAAAGCAAGAGAAUAGAAACGGACCAAGAUGAAACGGGAAACGUUGCGGAGACAAUUCGGAGUUCGUCCACGUCAAUAUCUAUGGAUCUGUCGCCGUUACUCUUGAAGAAUCCGUUUCAACUACUGCUGCAACAAAUCUAUUAUAUAUGGUGGAAGAAAUUACUACUCACUUUGUAUUCCAUCCCGGUUAUUGUCACCGAG